UUUCUCCAUCGAAUUAAAGAACAAGACAAGGUCACCAGAUGCUAGCUGGAAGAAGCAGGUGCACAAUGCAGCAGUUGCAGUUGCAGUUGAUGAUAGCUGUGCUGAUGUUGUUGAUGGUGAGCCAAGCCAAUGCCUUGAUGCCUUACACAAGGUCCGCCAUCUGGGACAUGAUGCUCCCAACUGAAGACCCCUUGAGGAUCUUAGAACAAACUCCAUUAACAGUUCCAAAAGGGGUGGAAACUCUGACCCUGCUGGCUCGUGCGGACUGGAGGGAAACCCCACAGGCACACCUCAUCUCCCUUGACAUACCAGGGAUGAAGAGAGACGAUAUCAAGAUUGAGGUGGAGGAGAACAGGGUGUUGAGGAUCAGUGGGGAGAGGAAAGAGGAACAGGAAGUGGAAGGGGAGAAGUGGCACAGAGCGGAGAGAACCAACGGCAAAUUUUGGAGGCAGUUCAGGUUGCCUGGCAAUGCAGAUUUGGAGAGGAUCAAGGCCCAUUUAGAAGAUGGAGUGUUGAGGAUCACAGUGCCUAAAUUUGCAGAGGAGAAGAAGAGGCAGACUAAGGUUAUCAACAUUGCUGAGGCUGAGGGAGGUUCAUCACCUGGCCAAGAUAUCAAGGCCAUUAGGUCUGAAAUGUAGAAUUGGAUUGUAAUGAUUCAUCAUUGUGUGCCCGUGUGUAAGGCUGUGUGUGUCUUCUCCUUUUUUAAAAAUAAAAAAUAAAAAAUCCAGAAAAUAAAAGGCUGUGUUUUCA